UUCAUGGUGUGUAAAUGUCGUCCGUAAAGUGGCAGACACCCGCUCUUAUACUCCAACAAGGCAUUUGUAAGUUGACGACAUCAUGCAUAUUUGCGCCCACAAUUACUUGAUUGCACCUGCGCCUGCACUCAUCUCCAAAGUUGGAAAGAGCAGCCUGUCACUAUUCUUUCCUUCUAUCCCAUACCCAAGUAAUUCAUUUCACAAACUCACUACUCCCUCCCUCUUGUUCCUCACUCUCUUUAGAAUCCCGCAAUCAUGAAGAAAUUCUUCAACAAACUCGAGGCAAAAGCAGAUGCUCUCUCCCAGGAAUUUCUCGGCCAAGCAUCUCCAAGCAAAACCCCAGUCCAUCAAAACCAACCAUCGACCAUCCAGCCUCCCACUUCCGAUGACAUCUUCAGAUACCGCUACCAUCACGGUGCCAAUCUGGGGUCCAUCUUCGUUCUCGAAAAAUGGUUAUCCGGUUCCAUGUUUCCCGAAUCCGCCAAGGGAGAAUCUGAGUUAGAUGCCGUGAAAGCGAGUGUGAAAAAGAAGGGUAUUGAUGAGACGAGAUGCAUUUGGGAAAACCAUUGGAGGAGUGCUGUAAGCCAGCAAGAUUGGGAUUGGUUUAGGAAUGCGGCAAAGGGUACGAGUAUUAGAUUGCCUGUUGGAUGGUGGAUUAUGGGUGGGAGUGAACAAGCUUCGAGACUUAAAGGGACAGAGUGGGCAGGAUUGGAAGAUGUUUACUGUAACGCUUGGGUAAGUCUAUUUGUUUCUUACAUUGAUAUUGAAUACCUAUGGAAUACAUUUUUACAAGUUGAGAACGUGACCCGCUUUCCUUUCGCUUCCCAGACUUUAUUGCUUCCAAUCUUGAAAUAUCACAAUACCCUUCAAUCCCUCGGCUGAGAUGAAAUGCUAUGGUUUUAGCUAAAAGUCCUUAGACAAUCGUUCGAGAGUUUGUAGCAACAGCCCAUAACUAUGGCGUCGGUGUCCUCCUCGACCUUCAUGGUCUCCCGGGCGGCGCCAAUGCAGAAGACCACUCUGGAACAAGCUCUCACAAAGCUUCUCUCUGGGGCAACAAAAAAAACCUCACUCUAGCAAAACAAAGUCUUCAUUUCAUGGCCACCGAAAUCCACGCCGAUAUGCACGGAGUUGAAGGUCUUCAAAUCAUAAACGAAAGCGUCCACAACGCCGAAGGAAUGUACGAUUUCUACUCUGAAGUUAUAGAAAUAAUCGGAAGAGUUGAUGAAAGUAUCCCAAUCAUCAUCAGUGAUGCAUGGGAUUUACCAACUGCCAUAAAUUGGACACAGUCUAGACACCCGUAUAAUUGUAGACGAAAUCCUAUUAUCAUUGAUACACAUCGAUACUACACGUUCAGCGACAAAGAUCGAGCAUCCAGUCCCCAGCAAAUCAUUUCCACCAUUCCAAAUGAACUGCAUGAAGUAAACCCAGGAACACUAUGCGAGAAAGGAGAAGUCCAAAUCAUAGUCGGAGAAUGGUAAAACCCCCUUUCCCUACACCUUUCACCCAUCCUCUCACCUCAUUCUAACAAUCCCAGGUCCAACGUCCUAGACGGCCAAACCUGGACCCGCGCCUCUCCCCAAGAAAAAGACCCCCUAAUCCACCAAUUCGGCCUCUCCCAAUCCUCACGCUGGCUCCGAAAAUCCUCGGGGUCCUACUUCUGGACCUUCAAAAUGGACUGGAUGGACGGCGGCGAAUGGGGCUUCGUCGAACAAAACAAAAAAUCCAACAUCCUCAUUCCGCCCUUCCUCACCAUCCCCUUCUCCGACAUCCACUCCCUCAUCUCCAACGCUCAGGCUGAGCGUCAGGUUGCCUGUGGACAAGCGAGAGGGGACCAUGAGAAUUACUGGAACGGAACGACUCCUGGGGAAGCGUUUGAACACCAUCUUUUUGGGGAGGGAUGGGAGGUGGGGUUUGAGGAUGCGAUGACGUUUUUUGGUGCGAGGUGUCAGGGCAGGAUUCCUGGGGGGACAGGAUGCGGUGGGGAUCGGAUUGGGGGCGUGGAAGGGUGGGUUAAGAAGAGGGUGCUGGAGAGUGGGCAGAGGGGGAAGUAUGCUUGGGAGUGGGAGCAGGGGUUUCGAAGUGGAGUGGGGUGUUUUGAACGAGCGGUUGGGAUUCUGCAGUGCUAG